UAGGAUACAGAGAUAAAAUCCAAGGCAGUCUGAGCUCAGGACAAAAAAGUUAAGAGCAAAGAUAUGUAGACGGACAUUCGAGGCGCACUUUUUUUUGCUUCUCGCAUUCAUUGACGGAGACGCGCACACGCACACGCACCAGAGGAGAGAGAGAAAGAGAGGGAGAGAGAGUUCUGCUGCUGCUGCUGCUGCUGCUGAGGGGAAACAUAAGGAGACGACGGAGGCGCUUGAGCCAGGAAACAAGUGCCGUGAGAAGAUACCAUCUCAUCUCUCACAAGCCAAACGGAGCCGCGCCCGGAUCCGUCUCCCGCGUUAGCAUGGCCGGUUCGAGCAGAGCAACUUUGAUCUUGCUCAUCUAUGGGAUCUUUAUGCACUACAGCGUCUUCUGCACACCUAUCGGACUAAGUUACCCCAAAAUCAGACUCGAUAACGACGCCUUCGACGAAGACGGGAAUUCUUUAUCGGACAUGGGCUUCGACAGCGACCCGAUUGCUAUACGAAGCGCACCGACCUUAAACGACGACGGCUACCUCUACUACCCACCUGAGAAAAGAGCAGAAAGGCAUGCUGAGGAAGAAUUAGAUAGAGCCUUGAGGGAGAUCCUGGGUCAGUUAACAACGAGACAUUAUCUGCAUUCUCUGAUGACAGUUCGUGCAGGCGAGGACAACAGCAUGGAGGACGAGUCCGAGCCGCUCUCCAAGAGACACUCAGAUGGCAUCUUCACCGACAGCUACAGCCGCUAUAGAAAGCAGAUGGCCGUGCAGAAAUACCUGGCUGCAGUUCUGGGACGAAGGUACAGACAGAGAGUUAGGAACAAAGGACGUCGACUUGCCUAUUUGUAGCGUCGAGGCACCCCCAAAACUGCCCCCCUCCCUCCUUGUGUACAUACAUCCAGUCGUUAACAACAACAGUCAUUCAGAUAUAUCUGACCAACCAGUGGAUUGCGCCUGUGUUCUUUCAACAUGUAUUUAUGUAUGAAGUAAAG